AUGUCCAAUAUAAUUACUGCACAAAAGAAAUGUGGCAAGUGUGAGAGGGUUGUGUAUCCAACAGAAGAAUUAAAAUGUUUAGAUAAAUUUUGGCAUAAAGCUUGCUUUAAAUGUACAACCUGUGGAAUGACAUUAAAUGUUAAAAAUGUGAAAGGUUACGAUAAAUUGCCAUAUUGUAACGUUCAUUAUCCACAGCAAAAACCAACCGUUGUCGUUGAUAAUCCAGAGAUGCAAAGAAUAAAACAAUUAACUGAUAUUCAAAGCAACGUUAAAUAUCACGAAGACUUUAAUAAAAAUAAAGGCAAGUUUACUGCUGUAUCAGAUGAUCCAGCUACAAUUCGAGCUAAAGAACAUCAACGUGUUGUCAGCCAAGCUGAAUAUACAGGAAAGCGAAAAGAUAGUACAACACAAUUGAUUCAAGAUAAUCAACAACAUCAUCCGUUUCAUAUGUCUCAGCAACAACCAGUCCAGCAUCAUUAUCCAUUGUCUUCUCAGCAACCGAAUGGAAAAGGAGGAGACCUGACAACAGCGGUCGGAAGAGUUGCUGACUAUGAUCCAUUGAAUGAUGAUCGUGGCUCGCUAAUGAGAGGCUAUGAACCAACAUCGAAAGCUUUACACGCUACAAAGUUUGAAUCGCAAGGUGCAAGCAAAAGCAACGUUUAUCAUCCAACAAUGACAUCUUCAAAUUUUAAUUCUGAGAAUAGCGGCAGACCUCAACAAAAUCAUCAAGAUACACAUCAGCAACAAAGUAAUAAUAAUAAUAAUAAUAAUAAUAAUCAUACACAAAAAUAUGAACCCGAAGAGGAACAUCAAUAUCAUACAGUAAAUUCGCAUGGCGAUGGAUCAGGUUCUCAUAUGAAAGUUCGUGCAUUAUACAAUUAUCAAGCAAUGGAAAAUGACGAAAUAUCAUUUAAUGAGGGCGAUCUUAUUGUUGAAUGCGAAGAAAUUGAUGCCGGAUGGAUGUUAGGCAGACAUAGUGAAACAAAAGAUAAAGGUUUAUUACCAUCAAAUUAUGUUGAGAUUAUUGAACGAUAA